ACUCCCUCUGACACAUACCGGAAAAGUUAAAUUUUUUCCAAACCAGGUUUUGUCCUGUUGGCGGUUGAGCCACGGACCUAAAUAAACGAAGAUCCGUGGGUGUGAUAGUUUUCCUGCUAACAACUGAAGAUAUUAAUGCAAAGAUGACAGAGCUGGCCUGUGAAAGCCUGUCUCAGCAGCUAAUGGAGACGAUACAGAGGAAGUCAAGUGACUGGAUGUCACUCUUACCUGAACAUGUGCUUGAUCGUCCUCUGACGCAAGUGGCCAUACCAGGCUCUCAUGACUCAUUUGCUUUUUAUUUGGAUGAAAAAUCUCCAGUUGCCAUGGACAUGCCCCGCCCAGUGAGAUUAUUUGCCGACAGUUUUUGCUGCCUAGGAAAGCGAGUCACUUGUGAUUGGUCACUUACACAGUCACUGGAUGUCCUGCAGCAGCUUCAGGCUGGAAUCAGAUACUUUGACAUUCGGACAUGUGUGAAGCCUGGAUCAUCUGGAGAGUUCUUUGUUCUGCAUGGCUUGUAUGGGCAUCGAAUCCGAAAUCUUCUCCUUUCUGUCCUAUCUUUUCUGUAUGUGCAUCCAAAGGAAGUUGUGCUCCUGGAUUUUAACCAUUUUUACAACAUGACAGCAGACAGUCACAAGCAGCUGAUUGACCUCAUUCAAGACUUUUUUGGAGACAAGCUGGUGCCCUCGUACUUCAUCGCAACAAAGCCCCAGGAUAUUUCUCUCAGGAGUCUGUAUGCUACACCACACAGAGUGUUUGUUUUUUACCAGGCAGGGUACUUUCUCACUGAAGCUGGACUGUGGCCAAGUAGUGCUAUUGUUGCUCCAUGGGCAGACACUGACGAUGUGAAGAUAAUGGUGGAGUUCUUAGAAAACUGGUAUAAGACCAAAGCUUUUAGCUGGCAGUUUACAGUGGCACAAGGGGUAGUGACCCCAAGCUACAACACAGUUGCAAAACAUCUAUGUACAACAUUAAAGAAGAUAAGUGUGCCUGCCACAUCAACUUUCACGGACUGGGUAGCCAGCAAGACUGCAGGUCAGCAUGGCCUAAAUAUCUGCAUAGCAGAUUUUGUGGAAACAAAUCUGUUCAUUCCUACCGUCAUCAGCUUAAACUUCAAAUAGCAUGGAGUAUUUAAUUUUAGAUGGUUGCAGUUUUAAGGCUGUAAAGCAAUUAUUUGUAUGUGAGAGUGACGUCUCUUAGCCAAACUGGUUUGAGAAGAAUAUUCUUAGUGUCUCUCCUGAUGUUAUUUCACAGUCUUGAUUGGCUUUGGGUCAUGCCCCUCAUGGAUGUUUGGCUGUGAUGUCCCAUCCCGCAGUUGUUAUUGGGGGUUGCGUUUGACAGUCUCAGGAACCGGCACUCGUCACAUUCAAUAAUUAUAUCGUUAGACCAUCCAUACUCGCACCAUAAAUGUAAUUUUCCGUCUUGGCAGGUGCUACAUACUGCAAAGCGAAGCAGGUGGUUUAUUUCUCUCAUAUUCAUUGAGAAUUUUUCCAGUGGACCCUUUAUAUUGGUGUAGCUUGAAAUGCCGUCAGAUGAUAUGGAGGAGCAUGAUGGCCCAGCACUCUGUUAACUGAUGGCUGCGAACUUUUCUUCGGCCCACCUGUUCCAUCUUAUUUUCGCAGCAUAUCUUGUGCGUUUCACUCGGUUGCACUUUCCAAUACGCUUUCUUCCCUUUUGUUUUUUCGGUAUUCUAUCUGUUUUGUUUUCACCAUUUCUUUGCUGUUAGAGGCUUCAGUUGACUUCGUUGUUGCUGGCCGCUAUGAACUUGACCAACUCAUCCCCUGUCAGACCAAGCUCUGUGGCAAGUAACUUAGCUUCAGACGUCCAUCUCUGAAGUUUACCGGAAUCCCCCUCUCAUUCUACAGACAUUUUCUCUUGGAAAGGCAUUUCCUUCAGCUCUUCUGGAUCGAGUCCAGUAGCCAUGACACAAAUAAAAUAUCACACACAAUAUUUAAACUGUUUAAAGCAACACUAAGUUCCAAUACAAUAAAAAAAAAUUUCUAACCUCGUCUGAAACGACAAUAUAUUGCCUAUAAAAUCCCGGACAGAGCCCCCAUUAAUAUUGUCACCUGCACUCUACAUUGCCUUUCAGACGAGGAACAUAAAUAAAUCAAAACACACUAAACAGGUCCUAACACAUGUCAGUCCCUUCAACGGCACCUGUUGUUGGAUGACUUCUUUUUCGGCGAGAUGGUGGCUCCCCUUCUUUAAUUCUUUAGUUUCGAUGGUACGUGUUAUUACUUGAUGAUUCUUAUGAAAUGGCAGGUAUCACAUUGUAUGAAAAAUACAUUCAACCAUCCGUCCUGCCAGCAUGCUAAAUAUAAUAGCCCUACUUGGCAAGUACCACAAAGUGUGUAUCGGAGAAAAUCGUUCACUUUGCGCAUUGAGAAUUUCAUGUUUCUACUGUACGUGUAGUCAGAUGAUAUGGAUGGCCCAGUAUGUUGACUAUGCGCAAGUCUUUCUUUCAGCCAUCUGAUGUUGGCGGCAUGACGUGCGCGUUUUGUGGGCUUUCGCGGUCUGAACUUCUUACUUGCGAGUUGUUGUUUUGCUGGUCCAGCCUUUCUUGUUUUCACCAUAUUUCUUUAGUAUUGCUGACAGGCUUCGUUGGAUCGUUGGUAAGGUUCGAUAUCAUGUGACGAGGCUAAGCCAAUGAGGAAACACAUGUCUAGCGUGACCAAUGGGGAGGUUCAUUAGAGCAGAGACUUCUUAUCUCAAUUUGUUAGGGUCACGUGGAGAGAAAAAACAGAACCAAUCUUUAGCCAAAUGCAAGUUGAACUCUCAACUAUUUUAGACCAUAUUCAUAAACUAUACACUAAUAUAUCACUCAUCAGAAAUUUCCCCAUUCUUCAACAUUAGCCCCAGGCUCACAAAAAAAAUCAUCAAAGAUAUACACUCACCUCAACAGGUUCAAUGUUAUACAAAGACACACACAAAUCUGGUAACUCCCAAGUCUGAUCAGAACUUGUACAAUACAAUACAAAAUCUGUUUAGGAUUUGUACCCAGAAAUACACCAACACCAAGUCCGUCAAGAUUGGUUACAAACAAAAACCGCGCACUGACAGAGGAGACUAUUCCUCCUCCCGCUCCCUUCAAGGAGAAAAAAACCCAGUCAUACCACACACAUCCAAAACAAUACUACACUCUUUCCAUUGUUCUUCCAACAAACAACAUAUCAACACAAACUUAAUUAACACAAAGACCAGCCGGCUCGGCAGGCCUCAGGCUGUUGACACUGACAGCCCACUAACAGGUGUUUUUACCACCUUCCCUUU